AUGUUAAUAUGCUUCUUUUCCUACCAUUUACAUUUUCAUGAUCACAUUCUGGAACAGCUGUUUGAGGGAACUGAUGGCGAUCUUAAAUCGAGCCGGGGUGAGUCGCUGGGUAGGGAUGAAGAGGCUGCUGCUAGCGAGGCAGCGCUACCAGCUGAAAAUGCAGUUUCCACGUCGACAGCGGAUAUUAAUCCAACGGAAAAUGUGGGCAAUAUGAGACAGGUAUAA